ACUCCGUCAAGGGCCGGCCGUGCGUCAGGCGCCGGCGCACGCUGAGGGAGCCGGGGCUGGGGUGGCCAUGGGACCGUGGGCGUCGCUGGACGCGCUGUGGGAGACGCCGCCCGAGAAACGGAUCUUCGGGGCCGUGCUGCUCUUUUCCUGGACGGUGUAUCUUUGGGAGACCUUCCUAGCGCAGCGGCAGAGAAGGAUAUAUAAGACAACAACUCAUGUACCACCGGAAUUAGGACAGAUCAUGGAUUCUGAAACAUUUGAGAAAUCUCGACUGUAUCAACUGGAUAAAAGUACUUUCAGCUUCUGGUCAGGACUCUAUUCAGAAGUCGAAGGCACUUUUAUUCUUCUCUUUGGAGGAAUCCCUUACCUCUGGAGAGUUUCUGGACAGUUCUGUGGUUAUGCUGGCUUUGGACCAGAAUAUGAGAUCACUCAGUCCCUGGUGUUUCUGCUAUUGGCUACUCUUUUCAGCGCAUUGACUGGAUUGCCAUGGAGUCUCUAUAAUACUUUUGUGAUAGAAGAAAAGCAUGGCUUCAAUCAUCAGACUUUGGAGUUUUUUAUGAAAGAUGCAAUCAAAAAAUUUAUUGUGACUCAGUGUAUUUUAUUACCUGUGUCUUCACUUCUGCUUUACAUAAUUAAAAUUGGGGGUGACUAUUUUUUUAUUUAUGCCUGGCUGUUCACAUUAGUUGUUUCUCUGGUCCUUGUUACAAUCUAUGCUGAUUAUAUUGCCCCUUUAUUUGACAAGUUCACACCUCUGCCUGAGGGAAAGCUUAAACAAGAAAUUGAAGUAAUGGCAAAGAAUAUUGACUUUCCUUUGACUAAGGUAUAUGUUGUUGAAGGAUCUAAGCGCUCUUCCCACAGCAAUGCUUAUUUUUAUGGCUUCUUCAAGAAUAAGCGAAUAGUUUUAUUUGACACUCUACUAGAAGAGUACUCAGCACUAAACAAAGAUAUCCAAGAGAAGUCUGGUAUGGAAGCUCACAAUGAUGGAGAAGGGGACAAUGAAGAAGUGAAAGCUAAAGUUAAAAUUCAGAAUAAGAAACAAGGAUGUAAAAAUGAAGAGGUACUUGCUGUACUAGGCCAUGAACUGGGGCACUGGAAGUUGGGACACACGGUCAAAAAUAUCAUUAUUAGCCAGAUGAAUUCUUUCCUGUGUUUUUUCUUGUUUGCUGUCUUAAUUGGUCGAAAGGAACUUUUUGCUGCAUUUGGUUUUUAUGACAGCCAACCCACUCUAAUUGGACUGCUGAUCAUCUUUCAGUUUAUUUUUUCACCUUACAAUGAGGUUCUUUCUUUCUGCCUAACAGUCCUAAGCCGAAGGUUUGAGUUUCAAGCUGAUGCAUUUGCCAAGAAACUGGGGAAGGCCAAAGACUUAUAUUCUGCUUUGAUCAAACUAAACAAAGACAACUUGGGAUUCCCAGUUUCUGACUGGUUAUUUUCAAUGUGGCAUUAUUCUCAUCCUCCACUACUAGAGAGACUUCAAGCUUUGAAAAAUACAAAGCAAGACUGAGGUGCUCAGGUUCUGUGACUGGAGGCAUUUCUGAUUAUUUCUGUCCUGGUUCCAGCUCUUGAUGUUUUUAAACUUUUUUUUAAAAUAAGAAUGAUUGAAUACAGAAAAGUCCAGGUUUAAAUAUAUUUAAUAUCUCAUUUCAAAAAUAAUUUUAUUCUUAAAACACUGUAAAAAUUUGAGGCUUAAUGUUUUUAAAAGCAUAGUUUCAUCUUUGACAUUUGAUUGAUCAUCUCUGUAAAUUCUUUAACAAAAUGCAUAGCUGUUUUAUGUGUAUACUUCUGCAGGAUCUGAGGGGGAGGGUUUACACCGCUGAAGCCUUCUGCAAAGCAGACACUUCAGUCUCCCAUCGUCCUGCUCAGGCCUGAAUUGAAGUCUCUUUUUACCUGUAUGCGGUUAUGACUUAAGCUAGCCAAUCAGUGAUUUAAAUUAGAAAGAAAAAUAAGGCUGUUACUUAAAUGAAAGUCAUUAAGACAUAUGCGCUACUGUUUACCAAAUUUAAAGUCUCUAGCUGCACACUGAUCAGGAAUUUCUAACAGUGCUUUCACAGUAGAAAUUAUGUACAGGAUGUUUUAAAUCAACUUUUGGGUUUGCUUUUAAGAAAAUCUUUAAGUUUUAUCUUUCCUCCCACCUGGUAGUAUAGUUUCAUUAGAAGCUUUUUUUCAUUACCCCCACCCCCAAUAAAUAGUAUAUCCUUUCACUGAGCAGAAAUUGCCAAUUUGUGCAAGUCUUGCAGUGUUCAAAGUGGCAGAACAUGGAAGGAAGAUGAAAUGACAUUUGAGAAGACAUGAAGAUGAAAUAUUGCAGAUUGUCUUAUUAUAGGCAAAAAUAUAGUUUUCUAUCUCUUUUAAGAACAGAAGUUUGUUUUUAUUUUUGUAAUUUUUAUCAGUAAAUACUAAGCACUGUUUAAUUAGGCCUGAUUCCAUUUUUGAAAAUUGUAGUUCUUGAUAUUAUUUUCAGAAAACGAAGUCAUGAAAUCUUUCCAGUUGUACAGGCUGUAUGUAUAUAUAUAUAUAUGACUGCUUUGUACCUUUGUCCACUUCUGAAUGAGGACUCACUUGGUAGCUGAUGCUCUUUUCACAAGAACAUUAACCUUCUACGCGUUUUCUCCCAAGUGGGAUCCACAUGCCUUUGGUAUCUGGCUGUAAAGUCUUAUGUUCAGCUGACAUUUGAAUGAUAUCUUCAUGUGGAAAUAUAAAAAUCUAGCACUGCAUUAUUUAUUUUCCACAGCUAAAGCAGAGCAGUCUUAUGUUUUUAUCCAGCAUCCUUUUUCCUUUACUUCAUGCCCAGAUAACUGCCUUUCCUUCCUUCUGUGCCUUUUAAUACAACUUUCAGUUCUGCACAAGUAAAACAUUAAAAAUUGCCAAUGCAGAUUUAUA